UCUGUUUUUCCUCCAAACAAACGCAAUAUUCUCUCCAGAUUUUAGGAAUCAUAUCCGCCUUCCUGAAUUUCUUCAUUUUUUUUCCCUCCUUUAUUUUUCCAUUCAUCGGAACCUAGUUCGAUUCUCUGAUCAGUUUUCCCCCAAACUCACAUUCGAUCGGAUCAGUUUUGCGGUUGUUUGGAGUGAUAUAUUUUCCAGAAAUCAUCGUACUGCGAGUUUGAUGGUUUUUUCUUGAGGUUUCGAUCUCCAAAAUUCAAUACCAUGGCGGCGGGGGCAAUGGCAACCUACGCGGGAGCCGCCUUGAUUAUUUACUAUCUGCUGAGCCGGAGAUUAGCAUCGAAAGGCAACGACGAUGAUCGGAGUGGUAAUAUGUCCAAAUCGAUUAGAUCGGUUAGGAGAAGGAUCUCUCGGCGGCCGGCUCAAGCGCCGGCGACGUGGUUUGAGACGAUUACUACUCUAUCAGAGACUCUUAGGUUUACGUACGCCGAAACCUUGGGGAAAUGGCCGAUCGGAGAUUUGGCAUUCGGAAUUAAUUACUUGAUGCGGAGGCAGGGUAACUUACAAGUUGCUAACGUGUAUGCGGGCAACGAUAGUGUGCAACUUAAAGGCCCUGAAAUUAUCGCGGAGUUGAGUAGUUUUUUGCGGUUGCUCACCUUCUGCAUGCUUUUCUCCAAGAAGCCGUUUCCAAUCUUUUUAGAAUCAGCCGGUUAUUCUCUGGAGGACGUGCUUAUUCAGAAACCAAAAGCAGGGAUUUUGAAACCUGCUUUUACAAUUAUUCGUGAUAGUAAUUCAAAAUGCUUCCUUCUUCUGAUUCGGGGCACUCAUAGUAUCAAAGAUACAUUAACAGCAGUAACUGGUGCAGUGGUUCCUUUUCAUCAUUCAGUUUUACAUGAUGGUGGGAUAAGUAAUUUAGUUUUAGGAUACGCACACUUUGGGAUGGUUGCUGCAGCCCGUUGGAUCGCGAAGCUAAGCACUCCUUUCUUACUCAAAGCUCUCGAUGAUUUUCCAGACUACAAAAUCAAGAUUGUUGGGCAUUCUCUUGGUGGUGGAACCGCUGCUUUAUUGACAUAUAUUCUUCGAGAACAGAAGGAGUUCUCUUCUAGUACUUGCAUCACAUUUGCCCCAGCUGCGUGUAUGACAUGGGAGUUGGCAGAAUCAGGUAAGCAGUUCAUCACUACAAUUAUUAAUGGUUCAGAUCUGGUGCCCAGCUUCUCAGCUGCUUCUAUAGAUGACCUGCGAUAUGAGGUGACAGCAUCAUCGUGGCUGAAUGAUUUACGAGAUCAGGUAGAGCGUACCAGGGUCCUCAACGUUGUUUAUCGCUCUGCAAGCGCUCUCGGCUCACGCCUUCCAUCUAUGGCUACUGCCAAAGCUAAGGUCGCCGGUGCAGGCGCCCUUCUCCGCCCAGUCUCUAGCAGCACACAGGAUGUCGUGAAACGUGCGGUUGUGCGAACUCGCUCCUCUCUGUCUUCCUGGUCUUGCAUUGGCGCCCGCAGACGAAUAUCCAAUCCCACCGAGGAGUUGCCCGAAGCUCCUCUCAUAGCUGAAGAAGUUACUAUUAAUGCAACUGAAAAGAAGAAGCUACGCUCUGGUUCUUCAAGUGAUGAUAGUUCAGAUCAUGACACAGACGAGGAACGGCACCUUAUUCAUGAAGAAAGAAUCGUUACCUCAACCGACGUCGAAGACAUUACGGAUGGUGAGUUGUGGUAUGAACUGGAGAAGGAACUUCAGCGGCAAGAGAAAAAAGUCGAUGUUAUUACCCGAGAAGUUGGUGCCGCUGCAGCAAAAGAAAUCGAAGAAGAAGAAGAAGAAGAGAGAUUGCUUACAGAUGCUGAGGGAAGCAGUGAGAAGCCAUUGUCUUCUCUGGAUGCUUCGGAAAACAUACGUUUCUAUCCUCCCGGCAGAACCAUGCAUAUUGUUUCAGUGCUCUCGCCGGAUUCUGAUAAUUUAGCUCACGCUGAGGAGAUUGUGCAGGAAAAAGUUGGUAUAUAUGAGACGCCUAGAGAAUUGUACAGUAAGCUGCGUCUCUCUAGAACAAUGAUUAAUGAUCAUUAUAUGCCCAUGUACAAAAAGAUGAUGGAAUUGUUGAUCAAGGAACUUGAAGAAGAUGUAUCAAGUAGUUACGAAUUGUAAAUAAUUUCAUAUGCUAUCAUAUCAUAUACCUAAAAUGCGAAAUCCCCUUGUGAAA